CAGAGUUUCUGAGGUUGUGCGAGUGUUAAAAGGGGAUUUCAUUGACUGGUUGCGGACAUACCAGCUGCGGUUUCUCUUUCAAAACGUUGGAAAAUGAACAGUUUGCACAGUGUACAAUAUCAAGUUGGUUUUAAAAUUUCCCGUUUUUGCUUUGAAGUCGAAUAGACUUUGCUGUUAAAGAUUGCCUUCCUGUGUUAUUAAGCCUCUGAAGAUAACAAACAAUUGAUAAAAAUUGACAGAUUAAGAAACCAUGGGAAAAUCGGAAGUCCAGUCUCUACCAAUACAUCGUCCUGAACCAAAUCUUAUUUGUGUACCGGCCCCUUGUAAAAUCUUACAAAAUAACUGUGUUAACGGUUUAGAGAAACUCGACUUGGGGGAAGAACUCGAAAACGUCGUUGAAGAGGAGGACAAAACUGUGGCAAUUCCAGAAGGUUACGAAAUAUAUAAACAUCAAAUGGCUGGACAUAUGGAUAAAGGUGAUAAUAUCGGGAUAUUGAAGGAAGAUGGAAUGAUAUUAAAACCAGUGAUAAAACCAGAAUGCGGCGAGAGGGAGAUCGCUUUUUAUCAAAACCUUUCCAAUUCAUUAGAUAAAACCAUUUUAGAGCUACGGAACUUCGUACCAAAAUAUUAUGGAACUAAAUGUUUAGCUGUGAACGGAAAAACGUACGAAUUCAUUGUUCUCGAAGAUCUGAUCAGAGACUUUAAAGAGCCUUGUGUAAUGGAUAUUAAAAUCGGCAGAAGGACUUGGGAUCCAACCUCCACAUAUGAAAAAAUUUGUUCGGAAGAGAGAAAAUAUCAAGACUGUAAACGAGAUCUAGGGUUCUGUAUCCCUGGUUUUCAAGUAUAUAAAUUAGCAAAUAGCCAAUUAGUUAAGUACGAUAAGGAAUUUGGAAAAGGUCUAAACAAAGACAGAGCUGAAGAUGCAAUUAAGACUUUCCUGAAUAUGGAUGGUAGCAGAGUAUGCCGAAGUCUGAUAGUUCAAUUUCUAGCCUCUCUAUGGCAGGUCCAAUACUGGGUAAGAAAUCAGCGACAAAUUCGGCUGUAUUCUUCGUCCAUUUUGCUUGUCUAUGAUGCUAGAAGACUUCGAGAGAAAAUGAAAUGCAACAAGAUGUCUUCGACUUUCAAACUGCAGAGGAAGGGUAGCCUCUAUCGUCCAUUAAGUUUGGCAGUUUUAAACAAAAGCAACGAAUGUGAUAGAGUUCCGACAGGUUUUAGUGGGCAAUUGACGAAAGAAGGUCCGAUCUUAAAACCACACAGGUCUUCUAGUAAAAUCGUCAACUUAGACGGGCCCAACUUCGUUUGCAAUAACACGUGGCACAAAUCUAUACAUUCUUUAAAAAGAACUCAUUCUUUCCAAAAUAAUUAUGAUAAGGACGUACAAAACAAAAAACAAGAUUAUACAUAUCUUUUAGACGAAUUGUGUACUGAUCAAAAAAGUGAAUGUUGGGCUUUUGCUAAGAUGAUCGAUUUUGCGCACGUUUUUCCUGCAGAAAAUUGUGAUAUAGAUAAGAAUUAUUUGGAUGGUAUAGACAAUUUAGUCCGCAUUUUUGAAGAACUUUUGAUAGAAAGCGAUUAGAUAGGUUUUAAAUAAUUUUUUGAGAUUUUUGUCAUCGUAACAGUCAUCACAUAUCAUGAUAUUUAUUAUAUUUUUUUGCUUCAUCAUUUUACCUUAAAACUUCCAUGAAAAUAAUGUAUCAUAUUUUUGUAACGUUUUAUUGAAAUGUCAAUAAAUAUUUCCAAAAAUUCA